CAAAGAUAUGACAAUUGUUCCAUGAUUUAGUUGUGCAAAGUGUUUGUCCCUUUCAAAUUUUAAACUGAGAUUCAUACAAGUUGUUGCUCAGGCAUUGUGAUAAUGGUUAAAGAAGAUAAGGAAUGGUGGUGUUGAGUUUAUUGAUCACAUUAGCAACCUUCUUGGUCCAGUACCCAACAGCAGAGGGGUGUCCUUCUCUGCCUAUUGCACACUUUGAGUGGUUGACAAGUGAUGGCUCAGUACUCAAUCCUCAAGCUUCAUAUGAUGAGGCAGUCCUCAGCACAGGGAAGUGUUGCGGGCCGCAUUGUCUUGGCAAGUGGGAGACUCUUCCUAACUCUACCGGCUGCAAAUUCUGCUCAACCAACGCCACUUUAGUCUGCCAAGGAUACAAUGUGCCUGAGCCAACUGUCAUACCAAAUUCCAACCUCUUGCUCUAUAAAAUAUCUCAAAUCGCUCACAUAUCACUCCCGCCAAAAAUGUUUUCUGGAUUAAAAAUCCAAGUUUUGAUCAUAGAAAAUUCAAAUAUAUCAUUUCUUGCAAUUGACACAUUCAGUGGAGUUGAAUCAAUUGAGUCACUUUAUUUGAGAAACAAUAGCAUGGAUUACAUUCCUCAAGCUGAUUAUUUGUUUCAAAACAUCAAAGAUUUAAAAUUUUUGAGUUUGGAAGGCAGCAGAGUGAAGGUUUUGUCAUCUUCAGGGAGUGCUAACAUGCAUAAUCUAACCUACUUUAGUUUAGCAGGAAACCCUCUGUACACAAUGGAUGUGUAUUUUUUGGAGAACUCUAAGCUAACCUUUCUUGGACUCAAGGGCAUCAAAUUUAAAUUGAAAAAUAAGGAUAUUAAAGGCUCUGGUCUCAGUAAACUACCCAUCAGUCUCAACACUAUUGACCUCAGAAGAGCAGUGAUUACAAAUUCAGCAUUUGAACAACUUAUGGAGCAAAUGAAAGGGAAAAACAUCAUCACUCUAAACCUAAGCUAUCUUUAUUACCGGUUCUAUUCUUUUAAUACUCUCAGACAUGUUCAGAAUACUUUGCAGUACCUUUCCCUCAAAGGAACUGAUCUGUCCCAUGCAAAUUCUAAAGCCUCAAAAAUGAUGGUGACUUAUAACAAUGCCAAAUUUAUGAAAAUGAAAGAACUUAAUUUGGAAAAUUGCAACAUAUCAUUCAUUGAAACUGCAUUACUGUCUAACACUUUUCCAAAUUUACAAGUAUUGUCUUUGGCUGGAAAUUCAUUUGCGAUUUUAGAUUUAAAUUUAGUAUCUUCCAUGACCAAAUUGAUUUAUUUAGAUCUAAGCUCUAACUCAAUACUGGAUAUUUUGCCUUACGAUUCCCUAAAUUCAACUCAAAAUCUUAUUGGAGCAGAUCUUUCAAACACAUUCCUUGAUUUAGACAAAGAAGAAUAUGAAUUGCUGUUUCCGACACUAAAAAAUGUAAAAAUGAUGUCGCUUUGCCAAUCGACUCUUAUGUAUGAAGUGAAUACAUCACUGCAAACUCUAAAUAAUCUGGAGUAUCUAGAUCUAUCAGCAGUACUUACAAAAAAAGAAUUAGGACCGAUUUUAAAAGAUUUAAUUUUAAGCAAUAAUGCAUCAUUAACAGAACUGCAUUUUUCACAAAAUAACUUCAAGUUGCCGAAUAAUUACUCCUUUUAUUUUUCUGAGUUGACAUCGUUAAAAGUUCUUAACAUAUCAAAUAAUAUGAUCAGCCAACUCUCCAAUCCAAUGUUGCCUCCAUCAUUGGAAACCCUUGAUGCAUCCCAAAACUGGAUCACUACUUGGUAUUUCUCUCUGCUCAACAACGAGAGCCAGCUGCAGUUUUUAGAUGUAUCCAACAACCAGAUAACAUAUGUUAGCGAUGCUAUGGUCAGUGAUUUUUAUAAACUAGAUUCACUAGCACUAAACAAUAAUCCACUGAUAUGCCACAGUAAAGUAGUAGCUUUGGUAUGUUUGAAUUUCAAAAAUAACUCUCAAAAUGUAGAUGAUCAUGCACAAAGGCUCAAAAGUCCUCAUCUGACAAUAUAUGACAAUUCAACAAGAAGAAACAAUUAUUCCCAACCAUUGACUUCUGUUGACUGGAAGCACUACAAAUGCUACGAUUUAAUGUCCAAUGGAUUUCGGCAGUUUUGUCAAGAAAGUGACUGCAAUGAAUUCUACGAGGAAGUCUCAACCACUCAACGUCCUCAAACUUCUACAACAGAACACAUAACCACAAAUGCUCCCUAUCUGAAACCAGCACGGAAAUUAGCCUGGAAUUGGGAGUGGACUUAUUUGAUAGUUGGCCCUUUCAUGCUAGUGUGUGCAUUAGGAGGCAUUGUUUAUCUCAAGUGGUGGAACAUCAAAUGCUUUUUCCAUCGUUACUUCAGUCUAAAACAGGCACGUUUGCUGCGCAAAAAUGGCAACUUGUCAAAAACUGAAAAGUACUACGACACAUUUGUCUCUUACUCAGACGUAGACCGAGCAUGGGUUCUUGACCAUCUAGUACCAAAUAUGGAAGAGUACGGAGAUAUUUCUCUCUGCUUCCAUGAGAGAGAUUUUCAGGUAGGAAUGACAAUUUUAGAAAACAUCAUAGACUGUAUAGAUCGCAGCCAUUCACUGUUGUUGGUGGUAAGCAGAGCAUUCAUCUUCAGUAAAUGGUGUCAGUUUGAAAUGCACCUAGCACAGAAUCGCUUGAUUGAGACUUUCAAGGAUCAACUUGUGCUGGUCCUGCUGGAAGAUAUCCCUCGCAAUGCUAGACCCCAGACCCUGCACCAUCUGAUGAUGACCAAGACUUACCUGAUGUGGCCAAGACAGCCUUGCAAGGACGAAGUGUACGAGCUGUUCUGGCGCCGACUGAAGCGAGCAUUGAGGUCUAACCAUAACAACGCUCCAGUCUAGCACAAUUUAUAUACUUCUUUUUAAAGUUGUAACAGUUUUAAAUGUUUGUGAAAUAAAA